CCAGGGGAGGAGGAAGAGUAGCUAGAACUAGAGGAGGCGGAGAGAAGAAAUUCAGAAAGUGAAGAAUCCUUUGUAGAAGAUUCUGACAUGUCUGAUAGUGGGGGAGAUAGAGGAGCAAAGACUAGAGGGGCAGGAAGAGGAGAUAGAUCUAGAGGGAGAGGUAGAGGAGUAAGGACCAGGGGAGGAGGAAGAGUAGCUAGAACUAGAGGAGGCGGGAGAAGAAGAAAUUCAGAAAGUGAAGAAUCCUUUGCAGAAGAUUCUGAUGUUUCUGAUAAUGAGGGAGAUAGAGGAGCAAGGACUAGAAGAGGAGGAGGAGUAGCUAGAACUAGUGGAGAAGGGACAAGAAGAGGUUCAGAAAGUGAAGAAUCCUUUGUAGAAGAUUCUGACAUGUCUGAUAGUGGGGGAGAUAGAGGAGCAAAGACUAGAGGGGCAGGAAGAGGAGAUAGAUCUAGAGGGAGAGGUAGAGGAGUAAGAACUAGACGAGAAAGAAGAAGGAAUAGUUCAGAAAGUGAAGAAUGCUUUGUAGAAGAUUCUGAUGUUUCGGACAAUUUUUCAGUCAAGUCAAGUCCCAUCAGUAGAGCUCUGAUGCAACAAGACAGUGAUUAUGUACAUGACAGUGAGGAGGAUAUUUUGCAAAAUAUCUCGGGACUUUCAGCCAUAAUUGCUGCUCUUGACAAGGAUGAGGGCUCUAUAUCUCCUGUCUUCAUGAAUGAACCUACCCCUCUGGUUAUACAGGAAUAUAUUCCUCUCCUUGCUGUCCAGGAACACAAGGAUCAGGAACUGUCUGAACAUAUGCCUUAUGUUGAGGAAGCUGUCCUUCUUGAUGUUGAGGAACCUGUCCUUCCUGUUCAGGAACACAUGGAUCAAGAACAUAUGACUGUUGAUGAACCCGUCCCUCCUUAUGUUGAGAAACCUGUCCUCCCUGACCAGGAACACAUGGAUCAGGAACAUAUUCCAUAUGGUGAGGAACCUGUCUUCCCUCUUAAGGAACACAUGGAUCAGAAACAUAUUCCUGAUACUGAGGAACCUGUCCUCCCUGAUAUUGAGGAACCAGUCCUCCCUGACCAGGAACACAUGGAUCAGGGACAUAUUCCUGAUGCUGAGGAACCUGUCCUCCCUGAUAUUGAGGAACCUGUCCUCCCUGAUGUUGAGGAACCUGUCCUCCCUGAUGUUGAGGAACCUGUCCUCCCUGACCAGGAACACAUGGAUCAGGAAUGUUUGCCUCCCUGA